CAGGGUGUAGACCACCCUGUAGAUCAGGGUGUAGAUCAGAGUGUAGAUCACCCUGUAGAUCAGAGUGUAGAUCAGAGUGUAGAUCAGAGUGUAGAUCAGAGUGUAGAUCACCCUGUAGAUCAGAGUGUAGAUCAGAGUGUAGAUCAGAGUGUAGAUCAGAGUGUAGAUCACCCUGUAGAUCACCCUGUAGAUCAGAGUGUAGAUUAGAGUGUAGAUCACCCUGUAGAUCAGAGUGUAGGUCAGAGUAUAGAUCACCCUGUAGAUCAGACUGUAGAUCAGAGUGUGGAUCAGAGUGUAGAUCACCCUGUAGAUCACCCUGUAGAUCAGAGUGUAGAUCACCCUGUAGAUCAGACUGUAGAUCAGAGUGUGGAUCAGAGUGUAGAUCAGAGUGUAGAUCAGAGUGUAGAUCAGAGUGUGGAUCAGAGUGUGGAUAACCCUGUAGUUCAGAGUGUAGAUCAGAGUUUAGAUCACCCUGUAGAUCAGAGUGUAGAUCACCCUGUAGAUCAGAGUGUAGAUCACCCUGUAGAUCAAUGUGUGGAUCAGAGUGUAGAUCACCCUGUAGAUCAGAGUGUAGAUCGCCCUGUAGAUCAGAGUGUAGAUCACCCUGUAGAUCAGAGUGUAGAUCAGAGUGUAGAUCACCCUGUAGAUCACCCUGUAGAUCACCCUGUAGAUCAGACUGUAGAUCAGAGUGUAGAUCAGAGUGUAGACCAGAGUGUAGAUUACCCUGUAGAUCAGAGUGUAGAUCACCCUGUAGAUCAGAGUGUGGAUCAGAGUGUAGAUCACCCUGUAGAUCAGAGUGUAGAUCAGAGUGUAGAUCAGUUGGUGUAGAUCAGAGUGUAGAUCACCCUGUAGAUCAGGGUGUAGAUCAGAUUGCAGAUCACCUUGUAGAUCAGAGUGUAGAUCACCAUGUAGAUCAGAGUGUAGAUCAGAGUGUAGAUCAGAGUGUAGAUCAGAGUGUAGAUCACCCUGUAGAUCAGGGUGUAGAUCAGAGUGUAGAUCAGAGUGUAGAUCAGAGUGUAGAUCACCCUGUAGAUCUGAGUGUAGAUCAGAGUGUAGAUCAGAGUGUAGAUCACCCUGUAGAUCAGAGUGUAGAUCAGAGUGUAGAUCACCCUGUAGAUCACCUUGUAGAUCAGAGUGUAGAUCACCCUGUAGAUCACCCUGUAGAUCAGAGUGUAGAUCACCCUGUAGAUCAGACUGUAGAUCAGAGUGUGGAUCAGAGUGUAGAUCAGAGUGUAGAUCACCCUGUAGAUCACCCUGUAGAUCAGAGUGUGGAUCAGAGUGUAGAUCACCCUGUAGAUCACCCUGUAGAUCAGAGUGUAGAUCACCCUGUAGAUCACCCUGUAGAUCAGAGUGUAGAUCACCCUGUAGAUCAGACUGUAGAUCAGAGUGUGGAUCAG